AGAAAACGUAGAAGACAAGUGAUUAUAGAAAAUUGAACAAAUAAUUUGUGUCUGCUGGUCCGACUUUAUCAAUGUAAAAAUUUGUGAAAAAUGUAUAAUAAUCUCACUCGAAAUUGAAAACGUUUAUACAUUUACGGUCUUAAUCGAAUAAGAAGUUAAUACGUCAAAUGUGUUAAAAGUUAAUCUCAAAACCAAAGAAAAUUUUACGAAAGGGAUACGCAAUUAGCAAAAAUUUACAAAUACAAAAGUACAAAUUGAGUUAUUCGUCAUCAUAAUUCGUUUUUAAAAGGAAAAAUUUACGCAUUUGUGAUUUAAACUAAAUUAAAUAUUAUCAAACUUAUAAUCAAAAGGGCCAAGGCAUCGCCAAAAGAAGUAAAAUCAUUAAGCCAACAACACAGGUGGUGAUUGUCUAUAAGGAGACUUACCCACAGCAACGCUAACGCGAAGGGUAUCGUUUAAUCGGAGUCGGUGCUACAGUGUAAAAAAGACCCAAAGAUGUCAUCGGCACCUUACAACUACAACUAUAUCUUUAAGUACAUAAUCAUCGGUGAUAUGGGAGUAGGCAAAUCAUGCCUGCUGCAUCAGUUCACAGAAAAGAAAUUCAUGGCGAAUUGUCCUCACACGAUUGGCGUGGAGUUCGGCACACGUAUCAUUGAGGUAGAUGAUAAGAAAAUCAAAUUGCAAAUUUGGGACACUGCGGGACAGGAGCGCUUUCGCGCAGUAACACGUUCGUACUAUCGUGGUGCUGCUGGUGCGCUUAUGGUUUAUGACAUAACAAGAAGAUCCACUUACAAUCAUCUCAGCAGUUGGUUAACAGACACACGCAAUCUCACAAAUCCGAAUACUGUGAUCUUUUUAAUUGGUAACAAAUCAGACCUGGAGAGCACACGCGAAGUAACCUAUGAAGAGGCCAAAGAGUUUGCUGACGAAAAUGGUCUGAUGUUUUUGGAAGCCAGCGCCAUGAGUGGUCAAAAUGUUGAAGAAGCAUUUCUCGAAACUGCACGUAAAAUAUAUCAAAAUAUACAAGAGGGCCGUCUCGAUUUGAAUGCUUCCGAAUCGGGCGUACAACAUCGACCUUCACAACCGGGACGAACUUCGCUAACAAACGAAGCACCUAAUACGAAAGAUCAAUGUUCAUGUUAAAUUCGCAUUUUUUUCAUUCACUUUACUUUCCUCUUUUUUGUGUAUUAUUAUAUUUUCCCCUUUCUAAUAUUAAGUUUAAUUAUUACGAGGCAAAAUGAUGUGUAAAAACAAAUCAAAUGCUAUUAUCUAAGUAAAAAAUUAUAUAUACACAUAAAUGAUAAUUAUUACAAAAAUAUAUAUACAUAUAUAUAUAUAUAUAUACAGACGUUUAUUAAUUAGUAAACGUAAUAUCGAACAAUUUGUAGCGAAUUAUAAACAGUUGGCAAUGCUGAGUAUGUAAUGUGAAAAUUAGUAUUGUUUAAAACAAAAACAUAUUAAAGCGUGUAUGCGCAUUAUAGAAAACUUUGUGUAUUUCAAUAUACCUACAAACAUACAACUGUGUGCGUGUAUAGAAAAAUAAUUAAGAAAUUCCCAAACUCACUUUUAGCCAAUAUGCAAUUUAAUUGAUUUCUUUUUUUUUUUUUGUUAAGUGUAGGAACUUUUGGAAAAGAAGUUUUUCUAUAUUUUAAAAUCAUUAGCAUAGUGUGUACAAGCAAAUGAAACAAUAUCGCAAUAUGCGUAAGCUAGUUCAAACAAAACGAUCGAUCUAGAUAUAUUAGUGUGUGAGUUAAAUAAAGUAAUUAAAUCUGCAAUUAAGCAUAAUUAGAUAAUAUCAUUGAUAUAUACAUAUUCACAUUUUAAAAUAUUGAGUUGAGUAUAAAAUUGCAAGGAAAUUUUGAAAAUUUGUAGGUACAAAAACGUAAAUUUUAAACCUUUGCCACAAUUCAAAUUCGUUAAAUAUGUUAAUUAAAAUAUAUGUGGAUACUUAUAUUGCAAUUAACUUGCAGAAAACAUAUUUAAGCUCGUUUAUCAAGACCUGCGAGUGUUGCCGUGUAUUGUGCUAAUUAGAGUAAUUAAAAAUUGCAAAUCGAAUUUGUCUAAGAA